AUGAGUAGUGAUUACUUGGAUAAGUAUAGUGAUUACAUCAAAACUGUCGAACAGCUAUUUCACAUGAAUCCUAACGAUUCAAUAGAAGAAAUUCUUGUUAAUAUCAAUACCAUUUUACUUGACAAAUACAAAAUCAAAUUCAAUAGACUUCUUGCUGCUAUAACAAGUGCAAUCAAAUUCAAUUUUCGUUCUGCCUUUCUUUACGCUUCUCUUUUCAAUAAAAUUUGUCGUGAUCAUUCAAUAAAUUACCAUUCUAUUAAUUAUCAUAUCGCGGAUUCACGCAAUUCUCUUCAAUUGUGUUUUCCUGAAUCAUUUAAAGAAAAGAAUAGUAUUGCACAAAUUGAUUCAAACGAUAUUAGGUUUCCAAAAGAAGACACAAUUCAUUAUAUGAUCAUGCAUGAUCAAAUUGAUAAAAUUAAGGAAACGUCAUUAAAUAUUGAUUUUGAAAAACACGAUUUUGAAAUCUCAACACAACAUUUCCUAGAUAUGUCCAUUCUUGAAGCUUGUGCUUAUUAUGGAUCUAUUAAUACUUUCUUUUUCCUUAUUUCUAAUUAUCAAUUCAAAAUUGACAGCGGAGUUCUUGAAUUCGCGUAUAUUGGAAACAACCAUGAUAUAAUUAAAGAAUGUUUAAAGCAUACCGAACCAGAUAGUGUCUGCAUGUUUUAUGCUGUAGCAUCAAAUAACAAUGAAGGUGUUGAAAAUUUAUUAAAUGAAAAUCCGGAUAAAUUUUUCCAUACAGAAAGCCUCGACAUAGAUAAUUCACUCAAUAUAAAAGCUGCAUAUCUAUUAGCAAAGAAGGAUAUAAUCCAUAUUCUUCCAUGGUGCGCAGCUAUGCCAUACACACUCGAUAUUUUGAAAAAUUAUAAAGGGGAAAUCGAUUAUUUUAAAAGUUACACAAUUUUUCAUUCGAUUUUUCAUUAUGCAGUUAAUUAUGAUUGCAUUGAAUAUUGUAUCUAUUUGAUCACAUGGCCAAAUAUUCCAUUUGAUGUUAGGAAAAAAAGUGAAAGCAUUCUUCUUCAUUACGCAUAUGAGCAGAAGAAAAAAGAUAUUGUGAAAAUACUUCUUUUGAAUGGUGCAAAUGUUGAUACAAGAGAUGAAGACAACAAAACUUUAUUUCAUCAAGCACUUUUUCAUAGAGAUAAAGAAAUGCUUAAAAUGCUUCUUUCAUAUGGUGCUGAUAUCAACGCAAAAGGUGAAUCUGGUGAAUCAGCACUCCAUGAUGCUGCUGGAUAUGGGGCUGUUUGGACAAUUAAGUUUCUUCUUAAACAUGGGGCAAAGAUUGACACCCCAGGUAAAAAUGGACAAACUCCUCUUUUUAAUGCUGCAGAAAGUAAUAAUAAAAAUAUUGUUGAACUACUUGUUUCACACGGUGCAAAUGUUAAUGCAUGCGCUCGAAACAAACAAACUCCUCUAAUGACUGCAAUCUACAAAAAUUGUCAUGAAGUCAUCAAGUAUCUUUUAAAUCAUGGCGCCAAUGUUAAUGCCUCAAGUAAGGAAGGAAAAACAGCUCUUCAUUAUGCUGCAUACAGAAAUUCAAUGAAAAUUGCUAAACUUUUAAUUUCAAAGGGUGCGGAUACAAAUGCAAAGGAUAAGGAUGGCGAAACUCCUCUGCAUAAAUCAGUACGAAACCCAACAAUCGAAUUAGCGGAAUUACUUUUAUCGAAUAGAGCAGAUAUCAAUGCAGUUGAUAAAAACGGUUCAACUCCUCUUCAUAUUGCUUAUUCGAAGAAUAAAAUUGAAACAGCCAAAUUUCUUAUUUCACAUGGGGCAGAUACUAAUAUAAAGGAUAAAGCCGGAAAACUACCCAUCGAGAAAGCGACGAUUGACCGAAGCGUUAUGGAAAAGCUAUUAAACAUGAUUUGA